GACUACAAGAAGGUCUUCCGGUCCGCGGACCGCGACGGCUCCGGCGGCCUGUCGUUCCGCGAGUUUUCCAGGGCGCUCCGGGCCGUGACGGCGCUCUCGAAUUCGGAGAUCCGCGACCUCUUCGAGGCCUUCGACGCGGACGGCAGCGGGUCCCUCGACUACGGCGAGUUCCUCGAGCUCGCGCGGACGGGCGAGACGGGCGACGAGCCCUCGAGCCGCGCGCUCCGCAAGGCCUUCUUCCGGCGCCUCGACGAGGACGGCGACGGCCGCGUGAAGCGGGGCGAGCUGAAGCGGGCCCUGGCGAAGCUGGGCGUGCCCCUCUCCGGCGCCGAGGCCGACGCGGUGCUCGACAAGUUCGACGCCGACGGCGACGGGACCAUCGACACGAAGGAGUUCGCGGCC